AUGGAACAGAUAGCGAUGUCGACCAAAAAUAACAUGCCUAACAAUUUUGGAUCUGUUAAAAAAGAUGAUGAUAAAUAUAAUGUAAACUUAAGAAAUAAUAAUGAAGUUUCAAAAAAUGAUAUAUUUAAUUCUUUUUUUGAAAACUUUAAUAAUAUAUUCACAUUUAUAAAAGAUACAAAAGAAAAUAAAAAUGAUUUAGAAGAUGAAAUUGAUGAAGAUUUAAUAAAAACACUUUAUAAUUUAUGUCAAAAUUUUAUAAAUUAUAUAAAACAAAUUAACGAUUUUGGUAAUAUGCACCUUAGUAAUAAAGAACAAGAAGCAAUUAUAGAAUCUUAUGAAAAACUUGUUAGACAAUGUAAACAAUAUAAUGACAAACCUCAAGUAAAACAGUUGGAAAAUGACAUUUCAAAUUUAUUAGAUUUAUUGUUUAACAAUACUGCUGAGGCAGUUAAUACCCUGUUUUCAGCUGACUCUUUCUUCAGCACACAUGUGGAAAAUUUAAAACUGAAAUUAACUGAAAGAAAUCAAAAAAUAGAGUUUGAACAAGAAAGAUUGAAAAAAUUAGAAUUGGAAGCAAAAAUAGAAGAAUAUGAUGGAAUGUUUGAAAAAAACAAAGAAAAGAAUAACGAAAUGGAUGAGACAAUAAUCAAACUAAAAAAAGAUAUUAACAAGAUUACUGAAAAGAUUGAGAAAUAUGAUACAUAUAUGAAAAAAAAGAGAAAAGAAAUCGACAUAAAUUUUUCAGAUAAUUUAGAUUGCAAAGAAAGGAUUAAAUUAUUAGAAGAAAACAUAAAAGCUCUUGAAAGAAAUAUAAAAACUACACAAUUGUCUCCUUUAAAAAUUGUGCAAAGAACUGAUAAUUUUAUUAUUUUAGAAUUUAAAACAAUACGUAGAACGACACAAUUUCGUGUGAAUAACAUUCAGUCUGACAAUGUGCAUGUGGAAAUAAAUCCGCCUGACAAAAAUUUAUUAUCAUACAUAAAUGGGAAUAUAAAAAAAUGCAAAGACGUUUCAGAAAUAACUUAUUUAAUUAAGGAAGCUAUAUAUUUGAAUGCCCUAGAUAUUUAA